AUCCGGAAACUAAAACUAGCUUCAGCAAAUCGCAAGUUGCUGGUUAUUGUCCUAUUUUAUUUGAUUACAAAUGAUGCCAUUGCUUAUAUUUUGGACCACGGGCAGUAAUUAAUAUAGCUGAUAGAAUCGACAAAUAAGAGAAGAAAGAAUGUUGAGAUUCCCAUGAUCCCAAUCAAACAAUGGAAAAGAAAAAAACAAAAUCGAAAAAAUUGUCUAAAACGGAUGCGGCCCUGGGAGAAAUGGAGAGUGGUACAAUUGACCCCGAAACUUUCAGUUUCAGUAUGCCAACUUCGGGUCAGAGGUCAACACCAACAGUAGCUGCCAACAGCAAGUUAUUGGCUUUAAGUUUGUAUGUCUUGAACACAACAGAUGAUUUUAAAGAAUUGUCGUACAGGAUUACCAAAAACACAGUUCAGGAAGAAAGCCUGGUUAUAACUCAUGGUGGAAACCUUGGUUUAUUAGGUGAAAAUCUGGACCCAGUAACAGUUACUUUGACAGAAAAGGGAAUUGCUACAAUUAAUGUUUUAUUUAGACCCUCAGAAAAAUACAGCUUGUUAGAUAAAACUCUUUUUGAUGCUGGUCAAUUUAUUAGUAUUUUGAGGAAACUUACAACGAAGGGUCAGUAUUUGUUUUGUCCUGGUCUAGGUGAUGUCCAGCCAGCUUGUUUUAUCAAAAAAUUAGCUUACCAUGCACAUCCAUUUUCAAGAUAUCAGUCAACAGAUUGUUCGGUAUGGUACAAAAAUACGGAUACUUCCAUCAAUGAGCUACUUGUUACAUGCAAGGCCUGUAAAGAUCUUUCUAAAUUUAUUCAGAAUCUUCCACAGAAAAAAGGACAAGAAAGUCCUGAAAAGGAUACUGAAGAAGAGGAGAUCCCUGAGGUCACACCAAAAAAGAGAGGCAGAAAGAAGAGCAAAGAGUCUGUAGCUAAAACCAAAGAUGAACUUAAUAGUAAUACAAACAACUCCUGUACAGAAGCUAAUCUGUCAGUGGAUAAAAUGACAGAAGAUGUUAAAUCAAAUUUCGAAUCUCCAAAGAAAUCUCUAAAAUCUGACGUAUCUCAAUCUCCCAGAUCUUCAAGACGUAUCUCUGCAAGAGGCAGCAGCUUUUGUAAAAUAUGUAUGUGUUUUCAUAAUGAAAAAGACAUUAAAACAUAUCCUUGUCAGAUGACAACACAAGUUGCAUUAUCUGAAAUGACAAACCUCGAUAUUGAUAAUGGAAACCUUUCCCCCUCUAAGAAAGAAAAGUCAUCAAAAGGUAGAAGAAAGGUAAAAACACCAGUUAAAAGAAUAUCGACAGAAGAGAAGCCCAUCUCAGAUGAGGAGGAAGUGGUACAAGACAGUGAAGAAACUCCACUUAUGCUUGAAGUGACUGAAAUUAAAACAGAAAUGGAAAUAGGAGCAGAAGAAGAAUUAGAAUUUGUUUUGAAAGCUGAUGUGGAUGAAGCAGAAUCACAAGUGGUCAAAAUAGAAGGUAUUGAAGAAGAACCAGAAGUUUCAACUCCAAAAUCAGCCACAAAAAGAAAACGACAGAGAAGAGGAAGAGGUUGUAAGCGGAGGUCCAAUCAAGAAUUUGGCGAAGGAAGUGAUCAGAUGGAUGAUGUAGAUGCAGGAGCCUCUGCUCUCUUAGCACUUACGCGAGGUAGGAAACGUGAUGCUGCUGCAGCAGCUGCUGCUGCUGCAAAUGAAACUCCCUCAAAGAAACCAGGUCGACCUCGUGUUCUUGGUAAUCAACAUAGUGCUCCUAGUGGAAUUGAAGCUCUGUUAACAGCAGCAAUGACGGCUGAUAAAGAUGAUAAAAAGGGCAACAAGAAAAUGGACAAUCAUCUACCCACACCAAGAUCUAAAAGAGAUGAACUUAAUACACCCUUCAAAGUACUGAUGGCCCAGAUAGAAUCUGAUAAAGCUAAAGGUGUUGAUGGUAGUAAGCCAUGGAAAUGUCCAGAAUGUGGAGAUUUUUACAGUAGUAAAGGUAAUCUCAGACGCCAUCUUAGAAUUCACGAUUUAGAUAGACCUCACUUUUGUCCUGUCUGUAACAAAACAUUUGUACAAAAAAUAACACUAAAAGUUCAUAUGAGAUUACAUUCCGGUGAUAAACCCCAUGUUUGUAGUGUUUGCAACAGAGCUUUUGCGCAGAAAAGUAACAUGGAGACCCAUUUGCGUCGACAUCUUGGUCAGCGUCCUUACAAAUGUCAUUUAUGUAAUAAAGGAUUUAGUGACAAAGGAAGUUUAGGAGAGCACAUCAAAACUCAUACUGGAGAACAACCAUAUGUUUGUCCGAUCUGCAAGAAAGCUUUCAGCCAAAGAGCUAAUAUGCGAACCCACAUGCGUCGUCAUAAAGAUGACCGACCAUAUGUUUGUAGUGAAUGUAAUAAAAUGUUUAAGAACAAGGAUGGUUUCUGGAAACAUAUAACAGCAGUUCAUAAAGCCAGCACACCAAAAGCAGAAAUCCCUAACUUGCAGGACCUUGAGAUGUUCAGGAAAGGAUUAGGUGACAAGGAGCAGGACAGCUCAUCGGAUAGAGAUGGAGAAGAUGCAGAGGAAACUGAUACAGAUGACGGUGAGGGCUCAACUGAAAAAAAGCAGAAAAGAUCAAUCCCCGAAACAGAUGAAGAGAUGAAAUCAGGGGUUGUGAAAGUUCUUCCAAAUGGAGAAAGUGGUGUCAAGGUAUUGCUUGAGCAGGCCAGUAAAGAGGAUGCAAAGAAAGUCGUGACACAAUAUGUUCAUUCUACAGAACCUGUAACUGUUGAUAAUGCUAAAAGCAGCACUCCGAGCAACACGAUAACAAGAACUUUAUUAGAUGCUGAUCUAACAUUACACAAGAAGGCAUUGCCUAAACUUUCGCCAAAGCCGGUAUCAACAGCCUCCCAAAGGUACUUUCCCGUUAUUGUAAAUACACUCAACUCUAAAGUAGGCUUACAAUCAACAAGUGUUACACCGUCCUCGGCAGCUGAAGCUAAACCUAAACCCGUAGCUAAGACCAUAAAUUUUAGUACUCCAAUAAAAGUUGAUCCCGCAAUCAAUAUAGUAGCUACAAUGGCGAGUCCUAUGCAAGUUAUAAGCAAACCUAGCACCAGCAGUCAAGUUGGGCAAGGGCCAGUACAAGCUAUAAAUAUGAAACCUAUCACCUUAACUAGCACCCCACCAGUAACUUCUGGCUAUAUCUCUGUUAAUCUUGUUGGAAGCGAUGGUAAACCCAUGGGCGUUCAGUAUGUAAAUCCUAAAGAUCUUGGUUUGACAAUCAGUGUUCAGAAAACCAGUGUUACCAAGUUUCAGGUAUCUUCAAUUUUAGCAGAUAACAAAUCAAUAGUUACUUCUACAAUAGUUACAGAUCCUUUCACGGGCAAGGCAGUUACCUUCACCCCCAAAACUACGGCAGAAGCACAUGCCCCAAAAGCUUGCACUACAACUGCAACUCUUAAACGGGUUCCUAUAGGAAAAAAAUCGCCUGUACCUGUAGGCCAGGAAAGUCUUACUUCUUUUGUUCAAUCCCUACCAAUACAGCGAACCAUUCCCAUUACAAAAACAAACCAGUCUGUUAACGUAUCCAACAUAGCACCAAAAACAGUUUAUGUUGCAGCAACUACUUCUCCAUCUCCUGGUACCAAAACUGUCUUAAUUGAUAUGGCCCCAAAGUUAUCACCGGGACCAAUUGUUUCUAAACCGGUGAUUAUCUCAGGCCCUUCAACGGUAGAAGGAUCGAAGACCAUCAACAGUCCUUUUAAACAAAACCCUAAAGGAGUGAAGACCCAUCUCAAAUCCUUGGUUAAUGCAACAAUCCUAAAGUCUGUCGCAGAAAAGUGCAAAGCAUCAGCACUUUCUAACCAACAAUCCAUAGUAACAACCAUACUAAAAUCUCCGCCUUUAUCCAAUCUGAUAACAGUGAAAGAAGAAGAAUUAUCCCCACAAGUUGUACCGCCUAAUGUAACAUCAGUAGUCGAGUCUCAAGUAGCAUCCCCAAAUGCUGAUUCACAAGUAAUAGUAACAUUAUCCAAUGUUGAUUCUCAAAAAGCCUCCGAUAAUGUUGCACCCAGCGGUACCGCAGUUGUAACAUUGUCUAAUGUUGAUUCACAAGUGACACCCAAAGGUGAUAGGGUAGUAAUUUUAUCUAAUAUAGAUUCUCAAGCAGCUUCGAACGGUGAUUCAAUAGUGACUUUAUCUAAUGUUGAUUCACAAACCGUGUCAAAUGCUGCUCCAAUAGUGACAGUAUCAAAUGAUGGUACUCAAAAUGAAACACCAUCUUGCAUUGAUACCGAAGCUAAAACACAUGCGAGUGAAAUAGAUGAUGUUACAGCAAAUAUGGACGAACACGACGUUGAUAAAUCCAGUGUAAACGUCAUUAUUGGUGAACAAGAUGUUGAUACCUCUGAUGGACAACCGGUCCCAGAUGGGCAAAAAGUCGAAAAUUCCGCUAUCAAUGAACAUCAAAUAACAGCUUCAACCAUCGAUGAAAAAGUCGUUAUCGAUGGUCAAGAAGUUUCAACUUCAAUCAUUAACGAGCAUGAAGUUGACACCACUAUUAUCCAUGGACACGUUGUUCCGAAUACAGUUAUUGAUGAACAAAACAUUGACACCUCUGUUAUCCAUGGACUUGAAGGUUCGACCACAAUCGUUGAUGGAGAAGGAGUUACAGAAUAUGUCAUUGAAGAAGCGGCUUCAGACAUAACAGCUGAAGAAAUGACUUAAUUGGGUGUUAAUCAUUUAAUGGGUGAUUUAACCAGGCCAUUUUGUGUUCAUUCGUAAUAUUAUGAUCUGUUUCAAUAAAUGAACAUGUGUGUUUCAGAUGUCGAACUAAGACUGGCAAAAUGAAAUGACACAACACACAAUUUGGACAAACUUAUACAUUAAUGCUCAUAUUUUUCGCGAAUGACUUCUAAGGACGGAAAGGAAUUUGAAUUGACUGAGAUUGGGAAAUGCAUGAAAUGUAUAUAUCUCGGUUUUGUAUAUGUCUACUUAAUUUGUUUAUGUAUCCAUGAUAAUUGUAAAAAGAAGAGUUCACUUGUUUUGUUAUUGCGGUUUGUUAUAAUAAUUGUAAAUAUAAACAUCCUUGAAGUUCCAUACUAAUGAACUUUAAAUGAAUAGAAUUUGUUGUAUUAAAGUUGUGUAUAAUUUGUUAUAUUGGGAAAAUUACACACCAUAUGAGGGCAUUUAAAUGUUUUAUUCUUUUACAGCUAUCCUGUAGUGCUAUAUGGUCAUUUAUUGUUUAUAUCAUGAUAAUCAUCAUUAUGUACAAACUAGCUUUGCGUCAUUGUUAUAUGGUAGCAAAUAUAAUUAGCACUCAUUUUUUUUAUCAUUCAGUUUGAAGUCUGAGAUUUAUUUGUAAAUUAUUAUCUAUAACAGACUGAAAGAUAUAAUAUUGCAGACACGGCAAUGUGGAUAAAAUUGCAUGUGGUUUUAGAUUUUUAAGAAUUUAAUCGAGCAUACAAAUAAUUCAGAAUUAUUUCUGUUAAAUUAAAAAAUACAAUUUUCUAUUUCAUACUUUUAAUAUCGAGUGUUGUAAUCUGAUAUUUAGUAUUAUGUAAAAGAUGUACCCAGCCUUUAAGACUGGCAAAUAAAACAUGUUAAACUAUA